AUGACUGAAGCCGAUGAAAUGAGAAACAUUGAGAACAAAUGGUUCGGGAAACAAAUUAAUUCUUCUGAUCCAACGAACGUUAUUGAGUCCAACCGUCUAGGACUCGCUUGCUUUUGGGGACUGUUCUUAAUAGCAGGCAUUGCUUCAUUCUUGGCAUUUCUCGUCUUUGUAGCCCUCUUCUUGCACGAGCAUUGGCACACGCUACGUGGUGUUUACGGAGGUUCCGUGUGGAGAAAGCUAACGUCUUUGUUCAGAAUCUUUGUUGAGAAAGACAUAAAGUCGCAUAGUUUCAAGAAUGUGAGUACACCAAUUACUCAGAGCCCUUCGAGUGUGGAGAUCAGACCAUGGCCACGAAGCAUGUCAUUAAACAGGGAAUUUGAGCUAAAAAGAGUCACUUUCGUCGUGAGCGGUGAACGUUUCAAAACGCAACCGAAACAUGAUGGAGAAUUGAUAUAG